GCAUCUGACUUUGACAGCUUUUGAAUUCUGAAGCAUUAUUCAAUUAUUCGUCAAGAAUUAGGUUAUGUAUGUAAAUUUCGCUUUUAUUUAUAAUUUUAUUCAAAUGUUUUGUUUUAGUCUCGACUAAGGUAUUAUCACUAUACAUACAAUUAUGUCGUACGAGCCAUACAUUUGUAACCUAGAUCCAGAAACGAAAACAUCGCUUAAAAUAUAUCUCUUCAAAAAUGUUAAGAAUGUGGAAGAAAUACGAAGCAACAUUAUGAAUGGUUCUUGGAAAUGCGCUGCGAUAAAGCCUAGUUUAAUAAUAGAUUUAUUUCAAAUUGCUGUCGCGGCAAACAAAGCGGUUUUGGCGGAAAAAUCGCAAGCCAUGGUUACACGGACCGUCUACGCUGAGAUUUUGUUUAAUUUGUCCUUGUCCAAGAACAUAUCUCAAAGUUUGAGCAAAUUCGGUGUUGAGACAGACCGGAGCCUACUGAUUUGUUUCUUGGUAACAGCAGACAGUGACGAAAGUGAAACCAUUCUUGAACAAAUAAAAGGCGAAUUAUCACCAAUUAGUGAUUUAGAAAAGUUUACAGACAUGCAAGAAGUUAAGAACAUGUAUAAAUUAAAUAAUGUGAAGUCCGAUGUCAGCCUCCUUAAUUUGAUUGUCACCAAAAUGGUUACAAAAAGCUUUAUUGCACAUUAAGACCUUGAAUUGAGAUAGCCAAAUAGAAAAUGAUAUAUAUUGUCAUACCUAUGUUAUAUAUUUCAUUUACUCAUAUCUAUGUGAUCAGUGUUGGCUCAACAUUGUUAACUUAAGCCAAAUUUGAUUAUCAAUUUAGAAGUAUUUGCUGCUUAUAACUUAAUGAAGGCCAUUUAGAAUUUAUCUUGUAUAUGUAUGUAACAUCUCUCAUGUUUAUUCAUAUUGUAAUUAAUUGCAGUAUUUUUUCAUCUGUACAUAUUAAAUUUGUUAUUUUUAUAUUGUUUUGUAAAAAUUAAGAUAUAAAAUUGUACAAAUUCAUUGCAUUAUCUUUCAUUAGUGUCCCUCAAGGCGAGCAAGUUAUCUAAUCUAUCAUCAUCAUAGUAAGUUCAAUGUGAAAUAUGUAGUUUCAUUACUAUUUAG